AUGUCAUCCGCUGCACAAACAAUCCAAAAGAAUGAUCUGCCCUCAACCAUCUCUGUUAAGCUGGACAGAGAAAAUUUUCCCUUAUGGAAAUCGCUGGUCUUACCUUUGAUAAAAGGAAGCAAGCUUGAUGGGUAUUUGUUAGGGACAAAACAACGUCCUGAACAAUAUAUCACAUCAACUGACCCAAAUAGCAAGAAGAUCAAUCCAGAAUUUGAGGAUUGGCUUGCUCAUGACCAACAAGUCCUAGGUUGGUUACGAAACUCGAUGACAGCAGGAAUUGCAACACAACUCCUGCACUGUGAGACAUCCAAGGAACUUUGGGAUGAGGCUCAAGGUCUUGCCCCGGUGCUCAUACAAGAUCUCGAGUUAUCUAUCUUAAGUCAGAAUUUCACAGUUCUAAAAAAGGAGAGAUGA